AAAGUCGUCAAAGUGUUAAAAAGAAAAAAAAAAACAUCAGACAAAUAAUUCGCGACUCUUUCUCCCUUCCUCAGAUCGCAAAUUCCCCCCCGAUCCGUGACUCUCAAUCCUACCCUCUUCGCGAAUUUCAUCUUUCUUUUUUUUUUCAUUUUCCGUAUAUGAGAAAUUAGGGUUUAAGCUUCCGUCACCAAUCACGAGCCCGGGUUGGCUUAUCUGAAAACCAAGUAAAAAGAGCUGGGGGCGAAUCAGUCCCGAUCCCGCCAUUAUCCUGGCGUCGUCGUCUCCGAUCAAACCAGGGUAUUAGGAUUUUGGGAUUUCCUCCGUCCUCUUCUAGGCAACCACCCCCCUCGCAACCACACCUUGCACUUCAUCGAUUCCGUCGGAUCCGAUCGCUCCAUGGAUUCCUCCUCGUCCUCCUCCUCCGCCGUCGCGAGAGGAAACGUCGCCUCAACAGCCACCGUGGAGGAGCCAGAGUAUCUCGCUAGGUACUUCGUGGUCAAGCACUCUUGGCGUGGCCGUUACAAGAGGAUCCUCUGCAUCUCCACCGCCGGGAUCGUCACGCUCGACCCCAACACCUUGGCGAUCACUAAUUCUUACGAGACUGGAAGCAAUUUCGACGGGGCUUUGCCCUUGAUCGGAAGGGAUGAGAGCGCCGAUAGUAGUGUUGCUGGUGGUGAGUUUACUAUCAGUGUUAGGACCGAUGGGAAAGGCAAGUUCAAGGCUAUGAAGUUCUCUUCUCGUUACAGAGCCAGCAUUUUGACCGAGCUCUAUCGGCUUCGGUGGGCCCAGAUUAGACCCGUCGCUGAGUUUCAGGUGCUUCACCUUAGGAGACGUAACGCUGAAUGGGUUCCCUAUAAAUUGAAGGUCACCUAUGUUGGUUUGGAGCUCAUCGACUCAAAGUCUGGUGAUUCGCGUUGGAUUUUGGAUUUCAGAGACAUGGGUUCCCCUGCGAUUAUUCUUCUCUCUGAUGCAUACCGGGCUAAAUCGACCGACUCUGCUGGGUUUGUCCUGUGUCCCAUGUAUGGGAGAAAGUCGAAAGCUUUCAGAGCUGCCCCCGGGACUACGAAUUCCUCCAUCGUCGCAAGCUUGGCUAAGACCGCAAAGUCAAUGGUUGGGGUGUUCUUGUCAGUCGAUGGUUCCUUAUCCCUGACGGCAUCGGAUUAUAUGACACGCAGGGCUAAGGAAGCAGUUGGAGCUGAAGAAACUCCUAAUGGGUGGUGGUCUGUUACUAGAUUGCGAUCUGCUGCUCAUGGAACUUUAAACAUGCCUGGACUAAGCUUGGCAAUUGGUCCCAAAGGAGGACUUGGUGACCAUGGUGAUGCUGUACCCCUUCAGCUAAUUCUUACCAAGGCCUCCCUUGUGGAGAGGCGAAUAGAUAACUAUGAAGUUGUUGUCUUUCGUCCUCUAUCUUCAGUAUGUUCGCUUGUCCGGUUCGCAGAGGAGCCCCAAAUGUUUGCUAUCGAGUUCGGUGAUGGAUGUCCAGUACAUGUCUACUCGAGCAUAUCCCGAGACAACCUACUUGCAGCAAUUCUUGAUGUUUUGCAAACAGAAGGACAAGCCCCGAUACCAGUAUUACCAAGGCUUACUAUGCCAGGUCAUCGGAUUGACCCUCCGUGUGGAAGAGUUAGUUUGAUCUCUGGAACACAACAUCUUGUUGCUGAUAUGGAAACUAGCUCUCUACAUCUGAAACAUUUAGCUGCUGCUGCUAAAGAUGCAGUUGCCGAAGGUGGGUCUGUUCCUGGCUGCAGGGCUAGACUAUGGCGUAGAAUAAGGGAAUUCAAUGCUUGUAUCCCAUAUACAGGUGUGCCGGCCAAUAUGGAAGUUCCUGAGGUGACUUUGAUGGCAUUGAUUACGAUGCUCCCAUCAACUCCAAAUCUCCCUGUUGACGCCCCUCCUUUGCCAGCUCCUUCACCGAAAGCAGCAGCAACUGUCAUUGGCUUUGUUGCAUGUUUGCGUAGGUUGUUGUCCUCCAGGACUGCAGCAUCCCAUAUUAUGUCUUUUCCUGCUGCUGUUAAUAGGAUAAUGGGUUUACUUAGGAACGGUUCUGAAGGCGUGGCUGCUGAAGCUGCCGGGCUUGUUGCAUCCCUCAUAGGUGGUGGGUCAGCAGAUCUAAGUACUGCACCAGAUUCCCGAGGAGAGAAACAUGCGACUAUCAUGCAUACCAAGUCUGUUUUGUUUGCUCAACAGGGUUAUGUGACGAUCCUGGUUAAUCGAUUGAGGCCUACAUCAGUCUCACCUUUGUUUUCGAUGGCGAUUGUUGAAGUCUUUGAGGCUAUGGUUUGUGAUCCACAUGGAGAGACCACCCAAUACACUGUUUUCGUAGAAAUGCUACGCCAAAUAGCUGCCCUACGACGUCGUUUAUUUUCACUCUUUGCACAUCCUGCUGAAAGUGUUAGGGAAAUCAUUGCUGUUAUUAUGCGUACAAUAGCCGAAGAAGAUGCAAUUGCUGCAGAGUCAAUGCGUGAUGCUGCUUUGCGCGAUGGUGCUUUGUUGAGACAUUUAUUGAAUGCAUUUUCCCUUCCUGCUAAUGAACGGCGUGAUGUAAGUAGGCAGCUUGUGGCACUCUGGGCAGAUUCUUACCAACCGGCUUUGGAUCUACUAUCUCGAGUACUGCCACCCGGGCUUGUUGCAUAUUUGCAUACACGUCCUGAUGAUGUUCUCGACGAUACAAAUCAAGAAGGAUCAUCAACAAAUAGGCGGCAUAAAAGAUUACUUCAGCAGAGAAGAGGUCGCAUAGCAAGAGGAACGGGUGCUCAGGAUUUUCCUCUUCCCCCUGGUAACAGUGUCGAGGCUGGCGAUGCAGCAAAACAGUUGGGUAAAAGUAUCUUUACUGUAGCCGAUAACUUUCAAAGGCCUGCUGCAGAAACUUCCGUGGAAACUUCAAAUCCGCAGGCCUCUGCUUUUCCAGGUUCUGACAGUACUACCGUUGGGGUUUCACAAAAUGGGACAAAUGCAAAUGGGAAUGAGCAGCAUGACACAAGUUCAUCCAAUCUGGUUGAUUCUGAACCAAACUUGUAUGGCACCCAGAAUUCAGUUCUUCCAGCACCUGCUCAAGUUAUUGUAGAAAGCACACCUGUAGGUUCGGGAAAGCUACUUCUGAAUUGGCGUGAGCUUUGGAGAGCCUUUGGCCUUGACCAUAAUCGUGCAGAUCUCAUCUGGAAUGAGCGUACAAGGCAAGAAUUAAGGGAAGCUUUGAAGGCUGAGGUUCGCAACCUAGAUGUCGAGAAAGAGCGCACCGAAGAUAUUUCCCCAGGAUAUGUGGCUGUUGAGACCACGACUCAGGAGACUAUCCCACGUAUAUCUUGGAACUAUUCCGAGUUCUCUGUUAGUUAUCCUAGCUUGUCUAAAGAAGUUUGUGUUGGUCAAUAUUAUCUCCGAUUAUUACUUGAAAGCGGCAGCGCAGGCAAAGCACACGAUUUCCCUCUCCGUGACCCAGUCGCUUUUUUCAGGGCACUCUAUCAUCGCUUUCAGUGUGAUGCUGAUAUGGGGCUUACUGUUGGUGGCGCUGUUCCAGAUGAAUUGGGUCCAUCAGGUGAUUGGUGUGACCUGAGUCGGCUUGAUGGUUUUGGUGGAGGGGGAGGAGCGUCUGUUAGGGAACUUUGUGCGAGAGCUAUGGCCAUUGUCUAUGAGCAACAUUACAGCCUAAUAGGUCCUUUUGAAGGCACUGCACAUAUUACAGGACUUAUAGAUAGGACAGAUGAUAGAGCAUUGAGGCAUCGCCUGAUUCUUCUCUUGAAGGCUUUAGUGAAGGUCUUGUUAAACGUCGAAGGUUGUGUUGUUGUUGGUGGUUGUGUCCUAGCUGUAGAUCUGCUGACGGUGGUUCAUGAAAACUCGGAAAGGACUCCUAUUCCAUUACAGUCAAAUUUAAUUGCUGCUACUGCAUUUAUGGAACCACCUAAGGAAUGGAUGUACAUUGACAAAGGUGGUGCAGAAGUUGGCCCUGUAGAGAAAGACGUCAUCAGAAGCUUAUGGUCUAAAAAGGAGAUUGACUGGACAACAAAAUGUCGGGCUUUUGGAAUGUCAGACUGGAAGAAAUUGCGUGAUAUCCGUGAACUUAGGUGGGCAGUAGCUGUCCGAGUUCCAGUCCUCACACCUACACAGGUAGGGGAUGCUGCGUUGUCCAUAUUGCAUAGCAUGGUUUCGGCUCAUUCAGAUCUGGAUGACGCAGGGGAGAUUGUUACUCCAACACCAAGAGUAAAACGUAUCUUGUCUAGCACACGUUGUCUUCCUCACAUUGCUCAGGCUAUCCUUUCUGGAGAACCAGCUAUUGUGGAGGCCAGUGCUGCUCUUCUGAAAGAUGUUGUUACCAGAAACCCUAAAGCGAUGAUACGCCUAUACAACACAGGUGCCUUUUACUUUGCCCUUGCUUACCCUGGAUCCAACCUGUAUUCAAUCGCACAACUCUUCUCGGUCACCCAUGUGCAUCAAGCAUUUCAUGGUGGGGAAGAAGCUACUGUUUCCUCCUCGCUGCCCCUUGCUAAGCGAAGCGUAUUGGGUGGUCUUCUCCCUGAGUCCUUAUUAUAUGUGUUAGAGCGUAGUGGACCGGCUGCGUUUGCAGCUGCCAUGGUCGCUGAUUCCGAUACUCCUGAGAUUAUAUGGACACAUAAAAUGAGAGCAGAACAUCUUAUAUGUCAGGUUUUGCAGCAUCUUGGUGACUAUCCCCAGAAAUUGUCACAGCACUGCCACUUUUUGUAUGAUUAUGCUCCCAUGCCACCUGUCACAUACCCAGAACUUAGAGAUGAGAUGUGGUGUCAUCGUUAUUAUCUUAGAAAUUUAUGCAAUGAUAUUCGAUUUCCAAAUUGGCCAAUUGUUGAACAUGUUGAGUUUCUACAAUCAUUACUCGUGAUGUGGCGCGAAGAGUUGACAAGGAAACCCAUGGAUCUUUCUGAAGAAGAAGCUUGCAAAAUUCUAGAAAUAUCCCUGAAUGAUGUUUCAAGUGAUGACCUUAACGGGAGCGGUCAAGUUGAGUUAAAUGAGACAUCUAAUUUAUCUAAACAGAUCCAAAACCUUGAUGAAGAUAAACUGAAGCGCCAGUAUAGGAAACUUGCGAUGAAGUAUCACCCUGAUAAGAAUCCAGAAGGAAGAGAAAAGUUUCUGGCCGUUCAAAAAGCUUAUGAAUGCCUACAGGCAACUAUGCAAGGAUUGCAAGGUCCUCAACCUUGGAGGUUGCUGCUUUUACUGAAAGCGCAGUGCAUCUUAUAUCGGCGUUACGGACAUGUGUUGCAGCCUUUUAAAUAUGCUGGCUACCCAAUGUUACUUGAUGCAGUUACAGUGGACAAGGAGGAUAACAACUUUCUAUCGGACGAUAGAGCCCCUCUCCUUGUUGCAGCAUCUGAGCUUGUUUCAUUAACCUGUGCUGCAUCUUCAUUGAAUGGUGAAGAACUAGUGAGAGAUGGUGGUGUGCAGCUUCUUUCGACUCUUCUUUCCCGCUGCAUGUGUGUGGUUCAGCCAACAACUUCACAACACGAACCAGCUGCAAUCAUUGUCACAAAUGUAAUGCGUACACUCGCUGUAAUAAGUCAGUUUGAGGGUGCAAGGGCUAGAAUUCUAGAGUUAUCCUGUCUGAUUGAAGACAUUGUGCACUGUACGGAACUAGAACUUGUGCCUGCAGCCGUAGAUGCUGCUCUUCAGUCUAUUGCUAAUGUUUCUGUCUUCCCCAAGCUUCAGCAGGGUCUGCUAAGGGCCGGUGCCUUAUGGUACAUUCUCCCGUUAUUACUACAGUAUGACUCAACUGCAGAUGAAUCAAAUUCUGUCGAGUCUCAUGGGGCUGGAGUUAGCAUUCAAAUUGCCAAGAAUAAGCAUGCCGUACAAGCAUCACAGGCCUUAUCAAGGCUUAGUGGGCUGUGUGCAGAUGAGGGUUCGACACCUUACAAUGCCACUGCGGCUGAUGUUCUCAGAGCAUUACUGACUCCAAAGCUUGCUAGUUUAUUGAAAGAAGAAAUUGCCAAAGAUUUGUUAACCAAACUUAACACAAAUUUGGAGACACCAGAGAUAAUAUGGAACUCUGCAACUCGAUCAGAGCUUUUAGAUUUUGUGGACCAGCAACGUGCCUGCCAGGGCCCUGAUGGUUCAUAUGAUCUGGGAACUGCACAAUCUUUUGCUUAUGAGGCACUGGCAAAAGAGGUCUAUAUUGGCAAUGUUUACUUGAAGGUCUAUAAUGAUCAACCCGACUCAGAAAUCAGUGAGCCAGAAGCAUUCUGCAAUGCUCUAAUCGACUUUAUAUCAUCGUUGGUGCAUACUGAGUUGCCCUCGGUUUCUGAGGACCAAAACUUGAUUGAGGACAUCAGCUCAUCUAAUGAAACUCCGGAAGUUGAAAGUACUGUCGCAGAACCCUCACUGGUUGAAGGACAUUCCGAUCAUCAAACGUCAGCUGAGGGAAUGAAAAUGGAAGAGAAAUCUCUGAUUGAUCACCUCCAAUUAGCUUUGACUGCUCUUCAGAACUUGCUUACAAAGUAUCCAGAUCUGGCUUCAGUGUUUUCGUCUAAGGAGAGAUUAUUACCACUCUUUGAAUGUUUUUCAGUACCCAUUGCAUCAGAAACUGAUAUUCCAAAACUCUGUCUGAAUGUUCUAUCUCGUCUUACGGCUUAUGCUCCUUGCUUAGAGACAAUGGUAUCUGAUGGAUCUAGUCUUCUUCUCCUCUUGCAAAUGCUUCAUUCUGCACCUUCUUUCCGCGAGGGUGCUCUCCAUGUUCUUUAUGCUUUGGCAAGCACACCGGAACUUGCUUGGGCUGCUGCUAAACAUGGUGGUGUAGUAUACAUUCUCGAACUAUUGUUGCCUUUGCAAAAAGAAAUUCCCAUGCAGCAAAGAGCUGCAGCGGCGUCUUUGUUAGGGAAGCUUGUCGCACAACCAAUGCAUGGGCCUAGAGUUGCUAUCGCGCUAGUGAGAUUCCUUCCAGACGGUCUUGUAUCCAUCAUCCGUGAUGGACCGGGAGAGACUGUUGUACAUGCUCUUGAGCGGACCACAGAGACUCCAGAACUUGUGUGGACACCAGCAAUGGCUGCAUCCUUAUCUGCACAGAUUGCGACCAUGGCAUCUGAUCUUUAUGUUGAACAACAGAAGGGUUGUGUAAUUGAAUGGGAUGUACCCGAGCAGUCACCUGGUCAACAAGGAAUGAGAGAUGAACCACAGGUUAGUGGAAUCUAUGUCAGGCUUUUCUUAAAAGAUCCCAAAUUUCCUUUGAGAAAUCCAAAAGGAUUCUUGGAAGGACUGCUGGAACAGUAUUUGUCAGCGAUGGCGGCAACACAUUAUGAACAACAUCCUGUCGACCCUGAGCUUCCUCUACUUCUCUCUGCUGCAUUGGUUUCUUUGUUGCGUGUGCAUCCUGGACUUGCAGAUCACGUAGGAACACUCGGGUAUGUCCCCAAACUUGUCGCUGCUGUGGCGUACGAGGGCAGGAGGGAAACGAUGUCUAGAGGAGAAAGUAAGAGUGAAGGAAUCGGAUCUGAGCAUGAGACAGAAGAGCCCUCAGCACUACCUGGGCAAACUCCUCAAGAACGUGUGCGCCUUAGCUGCUUACGUGUUCUACAUCAACUAGCCGCUAGUACAACAUGUGCGGAAGCAAUGGCUGCAACUAGUGCUGGGAAUGCCCAGGUGGUUCCACUUCUGAUGAAAGCAAUAGGAUGGCUUGGUGGGAGUAUUUUAGCACUUGAGACACUUAAGCGUGUUGUUGUUGCUGGAAAUCGGGCAAGAGAUGCGCUUGUUGCGCAGGGUCUAAAGGUUGGUCUUGUUGAGGUACUGCUUGGGCUGCUUGACUGGAGGGCGGGGGGAAGGUAUGGGCUCAGCUCUCAAAUGAAAUGGAAUGAAUCAGAAGCAUCAAUCGGGCGGGUGCUUGCAGUUGAGGUAUUGCAUGGUUUUGCAACAGAAGGGGCCCAUUGCUCAAAAGUGCGUGAGAUACUUGACGCUUCGGAAGUGUGGAGUGCAUAUAAAGACCAAAAGCACGAUCUGUUCCUCCCAUCGAACACGCAGUCAGCGGCAGGAGUGGCUGGCUUUAUCGAGAGCUCAUCCAACAGCAGUCUCACUUACGCCCUUACUGCUCCUCCUUCUUCUUCUUCGUCCCCUUGACCACUUGUGUAUUAUCCUUUUUUGUAAAGUCACAUCAGUUUCCUUUCUUGCUUCUUUCUACUGAGAAGAUAUUUGUCGUUUGUAAAUGUUUUGAUGAGAAAGUAAAAAAAAAUAAUGUGGUUUUUAUUCGGAUACCCUACCAUCUCUUCUCUUUUUCUUCCUAUCUUUUUUUAUGGGUUAAAACUUAAAAUCAUAAUCUGGAUCCCAAAACCUGGAAGUUUGAUAUUUAACCAUCAAGAAUCCACACCAUUAUCAAAUUUGCUUGGUUUAUAUGAAAAUACAUUUAAAGCAAACCUCUCGAUAAUAUCUAAUGCCACCUUCCAUGGCACUUCUUGCGUUGUCGUGUUGAUCCAAAGAAUGAUGCAAGAGUUCCAUCGUCUUUCGUCAUUUUUAUAACAGGAGGUUGUAGUACGGCAGAUGAGAUUAUAGUCAAAUUAUUGGGGUCGAGGGACAGUCCCAACCAGAAUUAGAGGAGAUUAAAGUUGCCGCUUCCUUUGAUUUCAUUCUCCGGAGGAAUCAAUCACUCUUUUUCUCCG